GGGGCUCUGGGAGGGACCAGAUUGGGGGAGUAGGUGAAGACACAGCCUGUAGGGGUGUGUCUGGAUGCGGGGAGAGAAGGCCGUUGUGCAGGUGCUUCAGGCUGUGUAGGGAUGGAGCGGGAGGAAAGGGACAGAUUUGUGAGGAUAGAGUGCCAGGACUUUACAUCCAGGGGAGCAGUGCUGGGGGUGUCCCUGGACUUCCUGCGUGUGUGUGUGUCUGUGUGUGUGUGUCUGUGUGUAGGUGUAACGUCACCUGAGGUAUCCUGGAACCGUGGGGAGCCCGUUGCUUUCUCCUAGUGGAAUGGACCACUGGGUGUUUGGCACGUGGAGGGAGUCGGGGGAAAGGACUGAGCACGUGGACGUUGCUGAGGCCGUGGCCCCGACUCUGCAGACCACGUGUUGCUGCUUCCGCCCCUGCCUGUGCUGGUGGCAGGCUGGUCGGGACCGCCUCGCUCAUGUGCCUCCCGUCUACUGUUCUGAUCCUGUCUGCAGCCUCAGAAUAAGCGAUCGUGGACGCCUGCCUUCACCCGCCUGUAGAUACGUCUGUCUAAGGAAAUCCUGUCCCUAAACCUUGCAUUUAUUCAAACGCUUACAUUAGGGAGUUGGUUUUUUUUUUUUUUUUUUUCUAACCUGGAAUUUCCCAAUUGGUUUACUAUAGGUUUCUUUGAGACAGAUUCCCCCAGGGCAUUUAAAACUAGACAGUUCACAGAAUAUCAACUUAGAACACAUUUAAAUUGUCCGCUGUGCUCAGAUCAUUGAGUUGUGAAAAAUAGAAGAGCAAGACAAAGCCCUUGUCUUCAAGGAACCCUGUCUAGCCGGGACGACGAGACGUAACCCUGUGCAAUAGGAACGGUUUCAGGGAAGCCUGCUGCCUAUGACAAGGCUGUCAGUGUUGUUCUGUGCUCUGACAUGAUGGGACCGAGCCAGCCAGCCUCAGCCUAUGUUCAUCUAGCAUCUGGUACCCAGCUCGAUGGGAGCGGUGACCCCAGGAAACCUCCAACCCAGACCCAGCUGCAGUUUAACAGGGAUGUUCCUACACAUUCGAGCAACUUGGCAGUCCGAUAUUCUUGCCCACAUGGAAUUAGAAUUGAGAAACUGAAGCAUGCGUACAACGAGUCAUACCAUUGUAAAGACUCAGAUUUCCAAGUUGGCCCUGAUGUGAGCGGCUCUGUUUCGUUUUCUGUCAUAUCAGAAGAAAGACUUAGCUAUGCUGUCCAGCUAGCCAAAAGAGACGUGAAACGAAGACAGUUUGAAGAACACAUCAAAGAACUUCAGCUCAGAAGUAAGCCCCAAAGCUCUGAGAAGUGCGGGCACACUAAGUCUAAAACACCUGACCACAGAGUGGAGACGAAGGAGCCAAAGAGUCGAGAAGCCUGUCAGGGCAGCCAGCAGCUGUCCAGAGCGGGGAUUCCCAGCUCAGGCACCAAGGUGCACCUGUACACAUCCCAGCCAGGGCCGGCAGGCCUUGACGGGCUGAAUUCACCACCCACCCGUGACCCAGGACUUCAGGCACGUCCCAGGACAGGGGACCACAAAAGCUUUGGUGAACAGAAGAGCCUGCUGGAAGUCCAGCGACUCCAGAAGGAACUGAGCAAUUGUAUCCACAAAAUUGAAGAGGUAACUAAAAAAGAUAGACGAGAAGAAGAUUUGGAUCCGGAUGAAGAGCGUCGAAUCCGUGUCAGGAGACAGGAGCAAGCCAUUCGUUGUGCCCGGAUGCACUACGUCCUCCAGCAGCAGGUAAAAGAAAUCCAGGAAGAACUGGAUAAAUUGAGUCCACAUAGAAUUAAACACACUAAGAAGUCGUGGGCCAUGUCCAGGCUGGCGGCUGCCCACCGUGGAGCCAUUCGGGCCUUGCAGGCAUUUGUCACUCAGUUCACCGACCGGGGGGAGCACCCGAUUCCCGCCCGCUGUAAGGAGCUGGGCAGCCUCAUUCGCCAGCUUUCACUGUGUUCUGCCAAGCUGGGUGCGGAGUCUUCUGUCCCCGACGUGGUUAUAGAUAUCCUGCAACAAAUUGAGGCUUUGGAAUCUCUCCUGGAAAAGAAACUGUCGCCAAAAAAGGUGAAGAAAUGUGUCAGUGACGUUCCGAGCAGAUUUCCUGUUGGUAGCCAAAAGACCUUAGCGAGAUGGCCAAGUCCACUGCCAAGGGGCCAGCAGAGACCCUUUGUGGAAAAGGAGAUAUUUCCACAGGACAUAGUUUGGCCUGGAAUGGCACAGAAACUUCUUGCUGGUAAGCGCCAGCCUGACGUGGAGCUUCCAGGGACGCAGAGGCUGCAGCGAGAGCUGGAUGUAUCAGAUGGGCACGUCCUUCCAGAAGAAGCCCCGUUCAUCCUAGAUGAGAGUCCAGGCUUCAGAGAUGAGGCAUUAGCUCCUGCGAAAGCAGUGAAAAAGCAGCCUGUGACGGAGAACGUGCCGUUCAGGAAGAAAGAUGCCCUGGCACCGGCAAGACCACAGCAAGGACUCCGUAAGCCUGAGAGAAGUAAACUAAGCCAACCUCCUGGCAAAAGCAGAUUGCAGCAGACAACAGUCUCGUCCAGACUGAAAAUGAACCGGCAGCCUGUGAAAGACAGCCGGGCUCCUUGGAUCCCUCCGAACCCCACAUCCCCACCAGCAUCUCCUAAAUGUGCUGCAUGGCUGAAGGCGAAGUCUAGCCCCAGAGAUGCCGUGAAAGACCAGUCUCUCCAGCAAGAAGACACUCAAGAGGAAAGUCAGCUGAGAGGUGAUGUUGAGCACGAAGCAGCCAGGCUCGCUUGGCUUGAUGCUGAAACUUCCAAAAGGCUGAAGGAACUCGAAGAAUUAAAAACCAGAGAAAUGGACACGGUGCAAAAACAGAGGCCUGACUGGCUUGGUGCUGAAACUUCUAGAAGAACAAAGGAACUGAGUGAACUGAAACCUGAAGUGGAUAGGCACCAGAAAUUGAGUGUUUCUGCCACCCAGUUAGCAGACAAGGUAGAGGAGGCCGUGCUGGAGCGUUUGAAGCCCCUCUUGGUCAAGGCACAGCGAGACAGCUCUUCUGUGAAAGCAAAUACUCAGCUGGAGGAUUACCCCUCAGCGGACCCGACGACAGCCCAGCCUGCAGAGGAGGCUACAGCUGUUGAUUCUGGAGCCAACAACAUUCAUCAGCUGGAUGAUUUUCUGGAAAAUACCGCUCAUGAGCUCUGGGCUAUGACUCAUGCUAAGAUCUUGGGGUCUGAAACCUUAGCCACCUUGGGGGACAGCAAGGACAGCCCAGACCUGGAGACGAUGAUGCGCCGAAUGGAGGAAAUGGAAAAAUACCAGGAGACAGUUCGCCAGAGAUAUAAUAAAAUUGUGUAUGCGGAUCCUCAUUUUUGGAUGCAUGAAGAAAAUAAUGACCAGAAAGUCCCAGCAGUAAAUGAGAGGCCUCUGGCUCCUCAGCCGAUCAAGAUCACCAAGACAGUGGCCCACAAGGAGGGAACCGUGAAUAUCAUGCUGGAGAGACCCUGCAAUGGCAAUUCUCUGGAUGAAAGUUUGGGAAUGGAGGAGAGAUCAGAGGAAAGAGGGGCUCCCCUCCACUUGCUUGCAGAAGAUUCCCAGCCGGGAGAAGGCCGAACGCCCCUCUUGGUCCCCCCGGGCAUGCUGUGCAGCAUUGGUGACUACUGCAGCCGAUUUGAGCAGUACCUCCGGAUGGUAUCUCAUGAGGCUGUGGGUGGCUUCAACCCGUGGCUGAUAGCUGAAAGCUUUUCAGAAGAGCUGGUAGAUGAAGCUCUGGGGGCCGUGGCUGCUGAACUCCAGGAUAUGUGUGAAGAUUAUGCAGAAGCUGUGUUCACCUCAGAGUUCUUAGAGGCGGCUGCAUAACGGCUCGUGGGGCGGGGCGGGCACCGCUGUGUCUCAGCCCCAGGAAGGCUUGGUCCUCAGGGGUCCACCCAGCCCACCGCCACCGCGGCCACUGAAGGGAGGAGAGGCCCAGGAGCUCCGCUGUUCGCACUGUCAACGGCAGUGCUCUGGAGCUUAACCUGGAAGCGGGGAUUGUGAAGACGGGAUGAAGCAGCUGCAGAACUCUCACUUCCUGUGAGACACUGUGUGUGUCCUCUGGGUCGGCGUGGCGCUCACGGUCACAGUGUUCGGAAAGUAGUAGGCCAGUGUGGUUCUCACAGGGACUCAAGCUGCUGUUGAACCCGCAGGUGGCCGCACUGCCCGCACACGUGCAGUCGCUGUCCAGUCCCACCACCGCGCCUGUGGGGACCACUGUCCCUGCCGGGUCACAGGGCGGCCCCUAGGCUGCCGCCGCUGUUAGAGGCAGAAGCCCACCCUGGGUGUCGUCACUGGGCAGCGUGGUCAUGGAGCCGCACUUCUCCAGGGCUCGUCUUAAGGCUGUCAGCCCCAGCUCCGCUCCGAGGGGACUUCCAGAGCCUCUUACUGCUGUGUGUCGACUCGGCCAGCUGCAGGAAGCUGUCUCUGGAUUCAGAGGGAGAGGACCAGGCCGUCGCCUGUGCCCGCGUGAAGGUUCAGCACGCCCUUCUCAAAUGAGGUCUGAAGCGGCUGCAUUUCCGUGCCCCAGAGGGACCCUGUGUGGGAGGAGAGCACAGACGUGGAUGGUGGAAGAGCCCCGGUCCCCACUGCGAGAGGAAGACACUGGGGGCCCCAGUAGCCUACGGUCAUGGCUGGCGGGAGAGAAGCCCUUGUUUUCAGAAACGAUGAAUUCAGGAGGAGAAAGGGAACUCGCACAAAGAUAAGGCCACUGCCUGGAAGACGGUUUCCCCGGUGGUUUUUCUUUUUUUUUUUUUGCCUGAGACUUGGUGAGCGACAUGAAGAAGAGCCGUGGGGCCCCGCCCCCCGAGUGCUGUGAACCCGUGUGGCACAGCCAGUGUUGUGUCCAGGGCCUCUCUGAAGUACAGAUAUUUCAGGUGAUAAUCUAAGCCGUUUGAUCGCACUUGUGAUCACACUUGUGAAAAAUCAACUUCCACUUGAUGUUCAUGUUUUCCUGCUUAAUUUCAUGUCACUUGAGAAUUUAAGGCCUCUGGGGCAGAUGACAGGUCUUUAAUCUGGCGAGCCUUGUGUGUGUGCACUUGAAGUUGACAGGAGCACUUGUCAUUGCUCGUAUAGUUUUUACUGUACUGAUUUUUUAAAUAAACUCAAUAUUUUAAAGUAUG